GUGACUGCGAGUUGGGACGCCUGAGGCCUGCCCCACCUGAGUCACCAGGCUGUUGUUGUCACUGGCCUUGUUGAAGUCCCUGCUCAGCCAGCCAGACCUCGGCGGGAACAGCAGCAUCUCCCAUCCUUCCAAGCUUUCAGGAGAAGCCGCUGGCCUUAUGGUGAGGCGAAUGGGUUGGGGGGGGACCAGGGGGCGGUUGGGGCGGUGGGGAGACUUGGGGCCUGGAUCAGUGCCCCUCCUCCCCAUGCCACUGCCUCCUCUUCCUCCUCCUCCAAGUCGGGGGCCUGGGGGAGGGAGGGUCUCCAUCUUCUCUCUGUCCCCUGCCCCUCACACAAGAAGUGCCCCGUCCUCGGCUCCUCCUUCAGCCCUGGGGCUCCCCUGCCCAGCAGUGCAGGCGUCAGGGGCUUCUCAACCUCACCAUAGUGCCAUCUCCACCCCAGCCACCCCCACAAUGCAGGCCAGGCCUGCGAUGACACCCAUCUCUGUACCCCCCUCCUGGGGUUCCCGCUCUGCCCCACCCUUGGCCUCGGUGACUCCCCCUCCCCCAUGCCGGUGCCCCCAGGACCCUCCUGGGCUUCGGAUAGGCCCUCUGAUCCCUGAGCAGGAUUACGAGCGGCUAGAGGACUGUGACCCUGAGGGGUCCCAAGAUUCACCCCUCCACGGGGAGGAGCAGCCCCUGCUUCAUGUACCUGAAGGACUCCGAGGCUCCUGGCACCAUAUCCAGAACCUGGACAGCUUCUUCACCAAGAUCUACAGCUACCACCAGAGGAGCGGCUUUACCUGUAUCCUGCUGGAGGAUGUCUUCCAGCUGGGACAAUUCAUUUUCAUCGUCACCUUCACCACCUUCCUCCUUCGCUGCGUGGAUUACAAUGUUCUCUUUGCCAACCAACCAAAUAACCGCACAAGACCUGGGCUGCUCCACAGCAAAGUGACCUUGUCAGAUGCCAUCCUACCCUCAUCCCAGUGUGCCCAGCGGAUCCACUCCAGCUCCCUGAUGGUCUUCCUUCUGAUCCUGGCUACUGCCUUCUGGCUGUUCCAGCUGCUUCGCUCUGUCUGCAACCUCUUCAGCUACUGGGACAUCCAAGUGUUUUACAGGGAAGCCCUCCACAUUCCCCUGGGGGAGCUCGGCUCAGUGUCCUGGGCAGAGGUGCAGUCCCGCCUCCUGGCGCUGCAGAGGAGCGGGGGCCUGUGCGUGCAGCCGAGGCCGCUGACGGAGCUGGACGUCCACCAUCGCAUCCUGCGCUACACCAACUACCAGGUGGCGCUGGCCAACAAGGGCCUGCUGCCGACCCGCUGCGCGCUGCCCUGGGGAGGCAGCGUAGCCUUCCUCAGCCGCGGCCUGGCGCUCAACGUCGACCUGCUCCUCUUCCGCGGGCCCUUCUCGCUCUUCCGCGGCGGCUGGGAGCUGCCCGACGCCUACAAGCGCAGCGACCAGCGGGCCGCCCUGGCCGCGCGCUGGCGGCGCUCGGUGCUGCUGCUGGCCGCCGUGAACCUGGCGCUGAGCCCUCUGGUGCUGGCCUGGCAGGUGCUGCACGCCUUCUACAGCCACGCCGAGCUGCUGCGGCGCGAGCCGGGCGCGCUGGGGACGCGCCGCUGGUCCCGCCUGGCCCGCCUGCAGCUGCGCCACUUCAACGAGCUGCCGCACGAGCUGCGCGCGCGCCUGGCCCGCGCCUACCGCCCCGCCGCCGCCUUCUUGCGCGCCGCCGCGCCCCCGGCGCCCCUGCUCGCGCUGCUGGCCCGCCAGCUCGUCUUCUUCGCCGGCGCGCUCUUCGCCGCGUUGCUGGUGCUCACCGUCUACGACGAGGAUGUGCUCGCCGUGGAGCACGUGCUCACCGCCAUGACUGCCCUCGGGAUCCUGGCCACCGUGGCCAGGUCUUUCAUUCCGGAUGAGCAGGCGCAAAGUCGUUCACCGCAGCUCCUGCUGCAGGCGGCCUUGGCCCACAUGCACUACCUGCCGGAGGAGACCGGCCCUGCCGGCAAGGCCAGCGCUUACCGGCAGAUGGCGCGGCUGUUGCAAUACCGAGCGGUCUCCCUCACGGAGGAGCUCCUGUCCCCUCUCCUCACCCCACUGUUUCUGCUCUUCUGGUUCCGCCCUCGCGCCUUGGAGAUUAUUGACUUUUUUCAUCACUUCACUGUGGAUGUGGCCGGGGUUGGAGACAUCUGUUCCUUUGCCCUUAUGGAUGUGAAGCGCCACGGCCACCCUCAGUGGCUCUCGGAGGGACAGACAGAGGCCUCACUAUCUCAGCGUGCCGAGGAUGGGAAGACUGAACUGUCCUUGAUGAGGUUCUCCCUGGUUCAUCCACAAUGGCGCCCCCCAGACCACAGCUCCAAGUUCCUAGGGCACCUUCGAGGCCGGGUACAACAAGAUGCAGCUACCUGGGGCGCCAACUCCGUUCGCAGUCCCCCCACCCCCGGGGUCCUCAGCAACUCUUCCUCACCUCUGCCGGAGACCUUCCUGGCCAACCUCUUGGUGCAGCCCCUCCUGCCCCCACAGGACCUGAGCCCCACAGCCCCUUGCCCAGCUGCAGCCACAGCCAGCCUCCUGGCCUCCAUUUCCCGAAUUGCCCAGGACUCAAGCUGUGUGUCCCCAGGAGGCACUGGGGGCCAGAAGCUGGCCCAGCUCCCAGAACUCGCAUCUGCUGAGAUGAGUCUCCAUGCCAUCUACCUAUACCAGCUCCAUCAGCAGCAGCAGCAGCAGCAAGAACUGUGGGGGGAGGCUUCAGCCUCCUCCCUGUCCAGGCCCUGGUCCAGCCCCCCACAGACUCUCUCGCCAGAUGAGGAGAAGCCUUCCUGGUCGAGUGAUGGCUCCAGUCCCGCCUCCAGCCCCAGACAGCAGUGGAGAACCCAGAGGGCCCAGAAUCUGUUCCCUGGAGGGUUUCAGGAGCCCACAGACACGCAGAAGGAGCCUAGCCAGGCCCCUAGCAUUGACUGAGAGGGCUCCUUAAGGUUUCCUGGCUUCUCCAGCCCCAGGAGAUCAGACGAAGUGGAGUGGAAGGACGUGCCAAGCCCCCCUUAAAGACCCCCAUGGAUGCUUUAGUUGGGGAGUUGGGCAGGACUUGGAGUCAGUGAUGCCCUGCCCCAGAGAGCAGAGAAAGGGUAGGAGAGGAGAGGCAGCUGGAAACACAUGUUAGAGCCCACAUGGAGGGGCAAAGGGGACAACUAUUUGUCCUGGAGUGGUUGCCUGGGAAGAAGUUCCCAAGUGACCUCAACGUGGAGGGCUGGGCCAAGGUGGAGGCCAAGCUACACAGAAGGGAGCAAUGAGGGACUGGAUCUGAAAGGCAGUAGGUUCUUCAAGCUCGCCUGACCUUCAGGUUCCCCUGGGACUCGUGGAGGGCGAUGGGGGUGGGUGAGUGGAAAGCCUCUAGGGAGGCCUGCUGUUUUUGGAGUUCAGCCUUGGUGUGAUGCCUGAGGAAGUGGGUGUGGUUUCUCAUCCUGUCUGAAACAAGCAGUAAAGGUUACUCCUGGCUGUGGUGCACAUGUUUGUGACUUUAGUCCUUGGAAUCCCCACUCCUGGUAGCUGAGGGCUGCAUCUGCUUCUCAGUCAAGAUCAAAGGAGCGACACA